AUGUGGUGUUUAGGGGGUGUUACAUUAGUGGUUGCCAUAUACACGCAGGUCAGUGUCGCACUAAAUCAAGAUCCUAAUUUUAAUAAAGUAAUCAACAAGCUCGUAUGGAACAUACAUAUUGGACCAGCGGAGUUUGAGCGCCGUUGGCAUGAGAUGAUCGAGCAAUACAAUCUGGGGUUUGAUACUUGGUUCACAGAUAUGUAUGCAAUUCGACACUCGUGGAUUCCUGCCUUUUACAAGGACACUCCAAUGUCUGGUUUAAUGAAAACAACCUCAAGAUCCGAGAGUUCGAAUUCGUAUAUUAAUAUAUACAAAUCGUACUGGUUUGAUUUGGUUCAAUUCCUUAAUAAUUACGACAUAGCUAUAGAGAAGCAAAGAUACAGACAAUCUGUUCAUGAAACAGUAACGAGAACCACUAAUCCAAAAUUUGUUACUCCGCUGCGUUUAGAAAGUUAUGCAUCAAGAAUAUACAGUCGGGAUGUGUUUUUUGACAUACAAAAGGAGAUAAAGAAGGCUGUCUUGUGCUGUGCUAUAGAGAAUGUUGAAUGUCGGGAUGUCUUAAAGACAUUCGUGAUAAGCCACAAGAGGAAGAAAUCAUCUGAGAACAUCACAUAUCUGGUGAAUCGUAAUUACUCAACAGAUACUGUCGAAUGCGAGUGCAACCUAUUCACGCGUAAUGGUUAUCUUUGUCGUCACGCGUUCAAGGUAUUGAUAAAUGAUGAAGUUGAAUUCAUACCAGAUAUAUAUGUGUUACGACGAUGGAAACGACAGUUAGUUCCAGUACAGAUACAAUCUGCAAGGGUUCGUUACGGCGAGGUUGAUGCCGAAAAAGAAAAGUGCAUUAUUGAUGUAUAUUCGAAGGUUGACGAGAUCAUAAGCAUCGCCCGGAAUGAUAAGUCUAUAUUGGAGAGAAAUCUCGACACAUUUAUGGUUGAUAUAGAGAAGGAAGUUCCAUAUGAAGACCCAUCUCAACAGAGGAUUGAUGCAAUUAGGGAGCAUCUAGGUGUUUCAAUACCAGAUGAGGUAGAUAUUCUACCACCUUCUGGCAUUAGGAACAAGGGAUGCGAGACUGUUGAUGUUGUUGAUAGUGCCUUCAUUUUCAUGGAGAAAGUAGCCUAUGUGCAUUGUAGCAUGCAUGAUGCAGGAAUCUCUAGAUUUGGAUCAGUUAACAAACAACAACCUCAUUUGAAUGUUGCAAAAAGCUAUGCUGUAGAUGCCAUAUGUUCUAGAAAUGGAAAUUCCACUUGA